UCAGAUACUUUAAUCAGUGAUCAACUGUUGAAUAAUAAACUGUUGUUAAAGGAACAAGACAACUUUCACCAUAGUCAAAAUGAAACUUUUGCUGGCAGUUGCGAUGUGUUUGGGUGUGGCCACCGCUGCUAGAGAAUCAUCGUUGGCUGUUCUGGAGGAUCUGAAGAAACUUCAACCAGCGUAUAAAAAUCUUCUGGACUAUACCGUCAACCUGGUGGCCAACGCAAAGAUCAACACCUCGGCUGUGAUAGUGGAUUUCCACAAUGGGAUCAUUCAAACCAAGGGCGAAUUUCUGCAUCAAGCUAUCGAAGUCGAAACCACUGCCCUGUUUCAAUUGGACAGUCAGGAUCCCACUGUCGAAGCCGAAUGUCUGAGCGAGCUUCGAGUAAUGAUCGCAACCGAGAUGAGCAUGAGAGGGAGAGACUUCACCAAUUGCAUCAUCGAAAUUGAUGAUAAUCUAAACAAAAAAAUUGAGGAAAUCUACGCAAAGUUGCAACAGAACGAAGCCGGUUGGGCAAAGUUUAGCUUCUACGAUUCGUUUGCGGGGGAAAAUAUAUUCAACAAACCGGAGCAAAUCAGUGCCAAACUUCAGGCCAAACUUCAGGAGCUAUCCAAUAUUCCCGGGGGUUUGGCUGAACUGCUGGCCCGAUAUGUGGACGAAUUCCGGGGAGAUCUGUUUGAGGUCAAUCAACACUACGAACGGUGUCUGCUUUCCAGCCACGAGCUCCAUGUGACCGGUAAAAAUUUGGUAAUGGACUACCUGGUGCGCACCUGCAAAGGAAUCGUCGUCAAACAGGACGAAAAAGUUUCGCGAUCUAAUUUGGUUUGAGUGAUAAAUGGGUUAUCUAAUAGCUACAUCUGUUAAAUGUUAAAAAUGCUCCUAAUAAACGCUGUUCU